AGUGUGCGCCCUUUUGAAUGAGACUAAGCGGGACUUUUCCCAUUGAAUGGAGGAAUAUCGUCUCUGAAAGGAAGCGAGUUUAUAUCGAGCAGUUUCUGUUGUAUUCCGGACCAGCGCGAAGUGAUUUGAAAUGAUCGAUAUGAUCGAAAAAGAAGACAACGUCAUCAGCGAGGAGGAAGCGGCUCAGUAUGACCGACAGAUCCGGCUCUGGGGUCUGGAGGCACAAAAGAGACUGAGGGGGUCUCGAGUACUUCUGGUUGGACUGAGAGGUCUGGGUGCUGAAGUGGCAAAGAACCUUAUCCUGGCUGGAGUGAAAGGGCUCACUCUUCUGGAUCAUGAACAGGUUACCGAGGAAUCCAGAAGAGCUCAGUUCCUGAUCCCAGUGGAUGCAGAUGGUCAAAAUCAGGCUCAGGCUUCUCUGGAACGAGCCCAGUUCCUCAACCCAAUGGUGGAAGUGAAGGCUGAUACUGAUCAAGUAGAGAGCAAGUCUGAUGACUUCUUUCUUCAGUUUGAUGCGGUUUGUCUGACAGGGUGCUCUAGAGACCUCAUGGUGCGUGUGGAUCAGCUUUGUGCCUCCAAAAACAUUAAAGUCUUCUGUGGGGAUGUCUUUGGUUACCAUGGAUACAUGUUCUCUGACCUGGGCCAGGAGCAUCAUUAUGUGGAAGAGAAAGCAAAGGUGGUAAAACCGUCAGAACAGGCUAAUGAUGGACCUGAAGUGAAGAAGCCCAAAAUUGACCUUAAUGAGACCACCAUGGUGAAAAAGACGGCCAGUUUCUGCUCUCUCAAAGAGGCUUUGGAGAUAGACUGGACAAGUGACGAUUCCAAAGCCCGUCUGAAACGCACCCCUUCAGAGUACUUUUUACUACAAGUGCUGCUAAAAUUCCGUACAGAUAAAGGUCGCAAUCCUGACCCAGGCUGCUUUGCUGAGGACUCGCGCCUGCUCCUACAGAUCCGUGAUGAUGUUCUGGAGGCUAUGGGAGUAAAUCCAGAGCUGCUGCCCGACAGCUUUGUCAGCUACUGCUUCUCAGAGAUGGCUCCAGUGUGUGCCGUGGUGGGAGGAGUACUUGGUCAGGAGAUAGUCAAGGCGCUGUCCCAGAGAGAUGCCCCACACAGGAACUUCUUCUUCUUUGAUGGUCUGAAGGGCAGUGGGGUGGUGGAUUACUUUGGAGCCAAAUAACCAUAAAGACCAACAGACAGGUUUUUGAGAUGCAGGCACUCAGCCCCUCAAAGCACCAUGGGAAACAGAGUCCUUUUUACUGCUACAAGGAGGCUUUUUUUGGACUUUUGAAGCAGUAAGCAGUCCUUUGCUGCCAGAAGGAAGCUCAGGCAACUUGUCAGUUUUUCUAUUCGUGCACACUUCAGACACUCACUUUGUUUCUGUCCACGAUUGUGACUAGAUGGUCAAUAAGUUGCAUGGAAACUUUUUUGUUUUUACAUUUUAUAAUUAAAAGAUCCAAAAAA